AAUCGCCAGUCAUAGAAUACCCGCAAUCUGGACUCAAUCAACCGUUUCAAUGAACAAUACUUAUCAAUAACUUCAGCACGCAGUGUUCAUUCACGACUUUCACUCACAUACAACACAUGUCAAACAAUCUCACGAGCCACAGACACGAAGUUAGACAUGAAGUUAGAUACCCGAAUUUUCGAGGAUUCUGGAAAUUUUACAUUUGGUUCUGAUGAAGAUUCUAAUUCACUGGACCAUUACCCGUUUUCCAUCGCUGCACUUUUAAAGACUGAAAAAGACAUAUGUUAUGGUUGUGGAGAUUUGAUAACUGACCGACAUCUCCUCAAGGUCAAUGACCGCCACUGGCAUAUCCACUGUCUUAGAUGUUCUCUUUGUCAGACGGCCUUAGACAGGGAUUCAUCAUGUUACAUCAAAGAUGGCAGUGUCUUCUGUAAAAAUGAAGAAUUCAACAGAACCGAUUGUGCUAAUUGUAGUAAAACCAUUCGUGGAGAAGACUGGGUACGUAAAGCCAGAGAUUUGAUAUAUCAUGUGGCUUGUUUUUAUUGUGAAACAUGUGACAAACCAUUAUCUACGGGAGAACAGUUUGGACUUCUCGGCAAACGACUUCUGUGUAAAAGACAUUUUAUUGAAAGUAUGGAUGGGAAUAGCUCUGAUGGCACUGAUGGAGCCAGUAUACCAGAAACAAUACAUACAGAUACCAGUAGCAAUGAUCAUGAUGAUGGAACCUCAAAACCCCGAGCCAAACGACCACGUACCUGUUUUACCGAGGACCAAAUACAAAUACUCCAGUCACACUUUAUACUUGAAAUAAACCCAGACUCACAAGCCAUGGAGAAAAUAGCUAAUAAAGCAGGAAUACACAAACGGGUGGCACAAGUUUGGUUCCAAAAUGCUAGAGCUAGACAGAAAAAAGAAAAGGGCAAAAAGAAAGCUACAAAAUUUGUCCGACCACCAUCUUCCAGUAGUUCCGAUGGAAGUGACAGCCAACAGUCCUACUCAGAAUAACAAUAUAUAGUGCCAAAUUUUAUGUGUGGUUUUAAUUUUUAUCUUGUAAAUAUUGUCUGUCUAUUUAUUUUAUUUGUCCAAAUAAAGACAAAAUGUUUUUA